AUGCCUACCCGGCUACCUUCCGGGGACUACCUGUUUCGGCCCCCGGCCGUUUUCCCCCUGUCGCAGCAAGUGCGCCCUGUUGGCGGCACUGCAAUCCGUCCUGCCUUGCGUGCCGCUUUCCCUCCGGCCCCGGUCUCCCCGGCGGAGGUUCCACUCAUCCAAGCAUCUCGGCUCAUAGACUCCGGUGUGCCUCCUGUUGAGUGCACCCGGUCUCAAGCAGAGGAAAGCAACGCUCCAGCUUUUACUGCUACGAUUGCAGGCGUCCCGGGUGACAUGCCCUCUGGCCUGGUGAGCCCUAAACACGUGGGUUUCACUGAUCUCAGGAUGCAGCUGGCUGCAAGGGUACAUGUUCAGCCCGAGCACCUCGACCGCCCGGAGCUCCGUGGCCGUUCUCUGGCGAGCUUCAAUUGGCAUGCGGGACAUAGGCUCUCCGGUGUCAGUUCGCAGGACACGACCCGUGACCGCUAUGUCGUGUUUACCUGUUUACCUCAGCGGAUCACAGCACGACCCGCCAGCUACCCCACGGAUGGAGCAUCGAUCACAUUAUUGCCGAUCUGCUCACAGCUACCCCCUACACAGCUGACAGCCACCAUGCGAGACGAUCCCCGUGGUCUAGUCGUCACCCCUGUCGACUUCCGUAGGGUUCAGGGGCGAGUGUGCACCCUGCCCAUAGCGCCGCAUGUGAGAUUCCAGGAGCUUGUCGAACAGUGCAGCGCAGACUGCCCACAUGACAGACAGGCACAGCAGGUUUAUCAGUUGCUUGCCAAUGGCAGAGAUCCCUUUGUCGAGCUGCGACUAGGGCCAGGUGAGCCUGACUACCUGCAAGCUGUGCAAUGUGACCUGCCCCCAGCUGAACUGUUGGAGCUGCAGCCAACCUCCACAAGUACAACUUCCCCAGGUCCUGCUGACUAUGCUGACCCUUCGGAUCUUGAACUUGCCUUGCAAGGAGUGGCUGGCCGAUCACGUCCCCUGUUACCUGCCGUGUUGCAGAACCUCGACCUGCGCCCAACUGGGCUCCACUUGAGCGCGGCCUUCCAUGUGCGGGUCACUGCCUUCCGCAUGAUACCGGCACUACGAGUACAGAGAUCGGAUCCUUCAGAUUCUGUUUCUUACACCGUGUUUGUUGCCGGGCAUGACCCGAUUCGUGCCCAAGAACAUGCUCAUUGGACUCUUCAAGACUACUUCCGCGAUGGAACCAACUUUGCCGAGGCCAGUCUCCAUGGCAUGCAGUUGUUGAUGAGCAGCCUGCCGGGGCUUCCUACCCCCCAGCUUGUCCUCUCUGAAGGGGCAAACAUCGGCAAUGCCCGCACUGUGCCGAUCGACUUGAGGGCACACAAGCAGGGCGUGCUGCCCCUCCUCCUCAGACCGGGCACAAGCAGUUCGGAGCUAAUUGAGCAGGUAGUAGCUGGGGCCCCUGCCUUGCGACACGACAUAUUGAACCCACUGGCACAGCAUCGCUUCUUUUUCAGGGAUGCGCAUGGGGCGGUUCGUACAGUGCUACCAGAGGACAUUGCCUCUGUACAGUGGCUGGAGUUGUGUCACGCCCCUGUCCCAACGGGGCACAUUGACCCCCUAGCCCUGUCUGUGGAGACACACGCUGGAGCUGAUGACAACGCGGCAUUACUACAGGUCUCCAUUUCAGGUCUCGAGGUCCCAGGCAGUCAUGUUGUUGACCGUCCUUUGCAAGCACCUGGCAAGGACGGACCUGCUAAUGAGCCUCCCGCGUUGCUGGGGCGACUUGUGCCCUCGGACAUCGCAACCCUCUGUGCCGCUUCUGUUAAAGUCCUGCCUGAUUACCUGAGCGGCGAGGCGAGCAUGAACAAGGAAGUGCUCCUCUCGUCUUGGGGAGGACGAGAGGCCUCGGAAACGCGACACUUCACUGUCUUUGAUGUUGUCCACCAGAUUAGGGUUCUUGAUAGGGGCCACAAAUCCACGCUCCAGGAUUGCGUUGCAUUGGCACUACAGGCCACGAGUUUUCCUAUUGCACAUUUGCGAGUACUCACUGUUCCCGUCCCGGGGCUACUGUUACCGCAGAUUGUUCUACAUAGGGCCGCUGACCCAGAGCCACUGGAUACGCUCGCUGUCGGGCAGCCAAUCAAAACCACAGUCCACCGGCCUGGGGUGCUCCUUGCGGCUGCGUUGCAAUAUGUCGAUGGCAUUCGUCCCUCCCCACCGGGAGUUUACCAGCCUUGGUUCAACGGACAAGUUGUUGCACUGGACGCAUUAGGGGUCCUCGGUUCGGCUCUCCCCGAUGACUUUUCGAUGUUGUCCAGCAUGUCAGGAUCGAGCAAACCCUUGCCACCGGAGCGGGGCCAUCUUCACACGACCGUCACCACAACGAAUAUGCGGGCCCCACCGUUGCCCCCUGGCCGUUUUCCCCAAUACCACGUGGCACAGGUGCAAGCACUUCGUCUUCGAGUGGUCCGAGGUUUCCAUGCAGAGGAGACCGUCGUUGCCCUCCCGUGUGCUCAGGUAGACCGUGUGCUUGACUCUCUCGUGCAGAAGGUCGCUACAGUGACAGGGGCCCUGCAGCCUCACAAUCGCUUGAUGAUUGCCAAGGCACAGCCUUUUGACAACGUGGCCAUCCUGGAGGCCAACUUUGUCAUCUCUGAGACGCCAGACCUUGUAGUCGCCUUGUGUGAUACAAGACACCUUGGUCCAGCGGGUACUUUGGCUUCGCUCACCUGCCCUUUCAGCACAAGUUGCGCGGAUGCAGUCGCUACUGUUGUGCAGGGAACCAGUUGCCAAAUUUGCAUCAAUGGCGCCCCGCUUAGCCUUUGCCCAAGAGAGCUUGAGCCUGGUGACUAUGUCCAACCCGGGACAGCUGACUCGUUCCCGUUACAUGUGCCUACCACCGUUGUGCUUGAAGCGUGCCCCCUCUUAGAGGCAUACGCUUAUGGUCUCCCACUCCCUGUCUCCCUCGGCGCGAGGCACCGUAGAGCGCAGGCCGGUUUCCACAGGCAUGAGGAAGGGCGGUGUCUCAUCCUCGGCCCUGAGCACGCGCCCAUGGCGUUCAGGACAAAACAUGUCUACGUCGCAAGCCACUCAGAGAUGAGGGAAGCCCUCGUGGAUCUCGCCGGAUUCCCUGCUAGGGACUGCGCGAUCUUGGGGGCAGGUGCGCAGUUUCGGAAUGAGAGGAUUACAGCGAGGUUUGUGUCGAUCGCACGAGGCAGCACCUUGUCGACAGUCCUGCUCCCGGCAUGCGGAUGGGACGAUCAUUUCGCUGUGCUCUUGGUCCCUCCCAGAGCUACCUCUCUGGGCCCACUGCCCAUUGCACCGUAUCUCCAUGUCCUCCCGGAGCGACGAUGGCAAUCUGGCAUGGUUCUGAGGCUCUGCCUCACUACCACGACAACCAGCACACUACACGCUGAUACUCCAGAGCUCUCUACAGAUCCCAUUGCGCCCGCCACGGCUGAUAACCCUGCGUCCCCGUCCUGCACAGUGGGCACUCACACUCAGGUGAUGCCAACUGGGUCAACGGAUCAGGUUGGUGUGAUACCCGGCCUUCCUGUGGCGUCCGAUGGCCCGCACCCUGCCCUUUUGGGGGAGCCGACCGCUGAUGGUCAUACCGAUGCCCCCACUGAUGGUGUCAGCUUACUGCAGCGCACGGCCUCUGUUCUCCACAUGUUGGGUGGACAACCUGAUUUGGAUCGGGAAUACAGCAAACAGGCCUCACAAACCAUUGCCUCGACUGAGGUACCGCAGGGGGAUGUGGACGCAGUUGAAGGCGGUUUCCUGUCGACCCUUCCUGUUUCUAAGCCAACAUCUGAUCCACCCUGUCAACAGGAGGCUGCGAGGGUUGUUUCAAUACCCACCCCAUUGGGGCGGAGGCGCUUUACCCUGACAACUGAAGACGAAAAGACCCCUCCGACUCCUUUGCGGUCUGCAGCGAUCCACCUUGAUGCACUGAUUCCAGUGGAAAAGCCCAGUGUUGCUUGGGCUGUCUGCUCAGACAUGGUUGCUGACUGCCUAGCGGGUCAUCGUCUGGAAGGCCUAUGCAGGGACCUUUCGCUGCUGAGCCGGGAAUUUCAUCCAUACGCUCUAGCUUGGACCCUGCUGCCUCCAUGGGAUGGCCGUAGUACUUGUGAAGAGCUGUUGAUCUACACUGAUGGAUCCUUCUUCCCUGGCAACCCUCAAGCAACUUGGUCAGUCAUUGUCUUGGGUCGCAUUGGUGACCGUUUUUUCCGAAUCGGUUUCUUGGCAGACUGGGUUGCCAUUGCCCAGACAGAAACGCCUUCUGCUUAUGACGGGGAGGUCGAGGCUCUCCUGCAUGCCAUGGCCGUUAUCGGGAGCUCGUUUUCCCCGCGGGCCCACGUUUUCAGUGACUGUGCAUCGGCCAUCUUGGUUGCCGACGGGGCGGGUGGCAUUGACUUGGCCAACCCAGCAUGCCGUUCUAUGGUCGGACUUCUGAUCUUUGCUCGAGCCAAAGGUGUGCAGGUAUCGGUCUCUAAGGUCCCGGCUCAUAGUGGAGAUGCGUUCAACGACAUGGCAGAUGCCAUUGCCAAGCAGGUUGGCAAAAGCCCCUCUGUUUCUCCAUGGCAGACCGACCUUGGCGGCUUCAAGACGGCUGCAGCCGAGCAUGUUCUCGAGCGGUUAUGGAUGACACAGGAGGCUUUCGCCACACGCAUAGGGAUCCCGCUACUCUCGCCUACCGGGACCUGGAUGGUUUCCUCAAGUAAGCCUCCUGCCACACAGCCUCCUGCAUCUCUGGUGGGCCUUGGCACUGAAGAAACGGAGACCUCGAUUCGAUGUCUUAAACUCCGGGUGCUACAGUACAAUGUCCUCUCCCUCCGGGGCAACACGGCGAAGGCCAUGCUGUCUGCAGGGGCCAGACGAGCUGGUUUUGAUGUCGCCUGCUUCCAGGAGACUCGGGUUCAACAGAGUGGCUUCAGUUCCUUUGAGGGCUGGUGGAUACUUAGCGCUAGCAGCACUAGUGCCGGGGUUGGCGGCGUGCAAAUCUGGAUCAACCCUGGCACCCACCUGACCUGGGAUCACCGCGAGCUCUCCAUUCUCCAUGCGUCAGAGCAAUGCCUGAUCGUACUCAGUCGGGUCAACGGCAUCGACCUUGCAAUCGUGGCGGGUCACGCUCCGCCCUCCGUGAGCCCCCCAGAAGUCCUGCAGGCCUGGUGGGAUGCUUUUUCAGAAGCCGUGAGUCGCAUCCCACGCAAAUACUGCCUCAUAACCAGCUUGGAUGCCAACGCCAGAUUUGAGUGUGAUCCCGCCGCUCCGCGCACCCUUGAGUCUUCCCCCCUCUGCGGGAAUGCACGGCAUUUGCUGGAUUUUGCGUGCUCUACAGGAGGGGACGUGUCUGCCCAGUGUGACUGUAACGGACUUCCCCUCGUUUCGUGGGUUAGCCCUAAUGGUCAGCCCGCCCUUCUGGACUACAUCACCUAUCCUCGGGAAUGGAGUGAGGCAGUACGAAUGCUUCCAACCCCUGACUUGGGUGAUUUGCACAGUGGGCAUGAUCACUGGCCCGUGGCUCUGGAACUAAAUGUUUGUUGUGAAGGUCGCAAGCCAAGGAUGGAUGGGCGCAUCAGCCCGGCUCAGUUGCGUACUCCAGCCAGCCUUGCCGCUGUACAGCGUGCUCUUACGACACUUCCUCAUAUUCCUUGGUCUGUGGACAGCACAACCCAUGUUGACAUCAUCCAUCGCCACUUGCAUGCUUGCUUGGCUGAGCUGCCAGCUCCGCCUCGCAAGGCCCGUAAUCCUGCCCUCACGAAUGCUACCGUGGAUCUCGUGAUACACAAGCGACAUUUGCAACGCUGUCUAAAGACUGCCCGACAACCCUGCAAACAUGAGAUCCUCUGGACUUUUUUCACGCUCUGGAGAGGCAGACCGACAGAUUAUGGGCAGCGCAGGCGAGCCAUUGAAUUGGCACAGGACUGUGAGCAGCGUUGGGUCUCCAGGUUCAAAGAGGCCAAGCUCCAUCUUGGCCAAGCCAUGCUGCAAGACAAGGCUGCGUUUGCCCGUCGGGGCAUCCAACAGGCCCGCGAAGCUGGACCCCGCGAGUUUCAGCACAAACUUCGGGCUGUUUUGAGAUGCGGGCGCCGCUUCCGGGCGCCGUCGCUUGUGCCAGUCAUUAAAGAACCAUCAGCCACGGCCAUAGGGCGCACAGCAGUCCUCUCUGCUUUCACUAAGCAUUUUGCUGUGCCGGAGCGCGCCACGCCUGUCCCACUGAGUCAGGCCCUGGCUGGCCCGACGCGCACACAGACCCCCACCGGGCUGGAUGGUGAACAUAUCCCAGGAUUAGUUCAGCUUGCUAGUGCCUUCAGCCGCCUGAAGACCGGCAAGGCCGCAGGGGUUUCCGGGCUGCCCUCUGAGGUUUUCCGGGUUGACCCUGUGUCUUCUGCCUGUGCAUUUUGGCCAGCCCUGCUGAAAGCAGUCCUACGCGACCCCUUCCCUUUCCAGUGGCGCGGUGGGGCAGCCGUCGCUGUACCCAAGCCGGGCAAAGCAUCGGACGAGCUGGAGGGGUACAGGUCGGUGCUCCUCCUCGAGCCGUCAGCCAAAGCCGUCCAGGUAGCAUACAGACCGCUCCUGCACGAUCUGUUCUUGGGUCUCCGCACUAGUGUGCACUACGGCGGGGUCUCGGGAGCCCCCAUUGCCCUUCCAGCGGCAUGCGCCCGGGCUCACCUGAUGCAUCUCAAUGCUAACCUUUCUUCUGGGGGUGCGGUCUUCGUUGACUGCAAAGCGGCCUAUUACAGCGUUGCCCGUGAGAUUCUCAGUGCCACCCCGGAGCAGCUGACCUCUGCGACUUGGCUCGAUCAAAGAGCUGCAAUCUUUUUCGAGGAGGCGGCUGACCGAACAGCAUUCAAAGAAGCUUUACAAGAGCACGCCACUGCAGGGGCUCUCGCAGAUCGUCCAGAGCUUGCGGCAAUUCUGCGCAGUCAGCUCGGUUGCACAUGGUUCACGGGGCGGGCUGAGGCUGGACAUGUGAUGUGUGCAGAAUCUGGCACUAUGCCAGGAUCGCCAGUGGCCGAUCUUCUCUUUGGCCUUGUCUUUCACCGCCUGCUACAUCGCGUCAACGAGUGCCUAGCCAACCUUGGCUGCCAGGCUUUUGCCGCCUACUGCGCUGCUGGUGAGACGCCUCCGUCCGAACCCACGUGGGCGGACGACGUGUGCAUCUUGUUUCAGGUCAGGCGCCCUGCCGAUCUCGAGCCAGCCUUGCAAACAAUUAUGCAAGUCGUCACCCUAGGGAUGCGAAGGCAAGGCCUGGAGGCGAACUUAGGGCGCGGCAAGACGGAAUGCAUUGCCGUCAUUCAUGGCACCGGUUCGCAGGAAACUCGCAGAAGGCUUCUGUCCUCGGCAGACCCGGGUGUCGUUUUCCAGGGGCCAACUGGCCCCUGCAGGGUUCGCCUUGUCCCUACCUACACACACUUGGGAUGUGUGCUGCGGGCUGACGGCAACGACUUGCCGGCGAUAUGUCACAGGGAGCGCCAGGCUCAGAGCAUGUACGGGCCUAUCCGCAAAAAGCUGCUCUACAACCCGUACCUCACCGAGCCGGAAAAGAUCCAGCUGCUUUGCAGCCGCGUGAUAUCUUCGUUCAUGCACGGCGCAGGGCUCUUAACCCUGCGCUCUACAGCCGAAAAAACGAAGUUUACGGACGUGAUCUCCCGCUUCUACAGAGGCGCCUUCAGACCCAUCCUCUCGGUGUCGAGCACAGGUUACACAAACGAAGAAGUUGCGACCAUCCUUGGUCUUGCUCUUCCCCAUGAGCUCCUCGCCACUGCACGGGCCAGGGUGCUUGCUGAUCUCUGUCGGGCCGGUUUAAGACCAGUGCUUCGCUGCCUGCAUACUGAUGGGGAGUGGUGGCUUUCCGCCGUCGCUGCUGCCAUAGAUGUAGGGUUGCUGCAGGGCCAGGUUGCCAAUGUGGAUGAACUUCUGGAUGCCAUGCCAACUUCAUCCCGAGAAGUGUCCCGUCUCUGUCGUCGCUUCCUUCGCCGCUGCUGUGCUGCUCGCACCUUCGACCGGAGGGACCUGGUGGCUCGAGAGGACCCGGAUGUCCCGGCUGUGGUGCGUGCUGAGGGACCGGACCUGCCCUGGUCAUGCUCCCUUUGCCCCCAAGCUUUUGCUGGCAGACGCCAACUGGCGGUGCAUAUGUCAAAACAUCACGGGCGCCGACCCACACAGAUCCGAUGCGCCUUCGGCACAACGUGCCAGAAAUGCAAGGUUGAGCAUUGGUCCUUACGACGCCUUACAGAACACCUGCGUAAGUCGGGUCAGUGUAGGGCUGUUUACGCGGCAUCUGAUAUAGAUGCUGACCCACCCGCUCCUACGGCACAUGAUUAUGCGUGGCAACCUGCCGUCCGAGUGGAAGGGCCAUCGCCCUGGUGGGCUACCUUAACGCCCCCAGUGAGCGAUGAGCCGUCGUAG